AUGAGAUUCCUCACUUCUACCAUCCUCGCUCUAAUCACCACCCUCGCCUCUGCACACUACAACUUCGAGCGGCUGAUCGUCAACGGCAAGACUACCGAACCAUACGAGUAUGUCCGCGCGCUAGGCCCCACAGUCAGCAACAGCCCCUUCUACGAUGUCACGCACCCCGAUAUCCGCUGCAACAGCGGCUCCUUCGCCGCCGCAUCGAAGACCAAGACCUAUCUCGUGAAAGCCGGCGACACGCUCGGAUUCACUGUGCGCGAUGUGUUGGGCCACCCGGGCCCGCUAUUCGCGUACAUGAGCAAGAGCACUGUUGCCAAUGUCAGCGCGUACCAGGGCGAGGGUGACUGGUUCAAGAUCUAUGAGAUGGGCGUCAAUACGUACGCAAACUACAGUGCUGCGAUGACGUGGUUGAGCGAUGGCUGGACCAAGUUCGACUUCAAGAUUCCCAAGGACAUUGAGAACGGACAGUACCUGCUGCGUGCUGAGCAUAUCGCGGUGCACUCCGCAGGAGGUCCGGACGGCGCCGGUGCGCAGUUUUACAUCGGGUGUGCGCAGAUCGAGGUCAGUGGUGCGACUGGGAAGAAGCCGAGUCCUGUGGGCAAGUUCCCUGGAAUCUAUACCUCGCGUGACCCGGGAAUUUACUUCAGCCCCUACUGGCCACCUGUGGUCAACUACACGAUGCCUGGCCCAAAGGUUUACCCUGAUGGUGGCUCGUUCCCGGCUUUCACCGCGGACCCAGCGAAACCUGUCGCUACGCAGCCGCUUCCAGCGUCGUUUGCGGGUGCAAAACCUACUGCGGCCUUCGUCGCAUAA